AUGGAUCGGGAAAGCCUAUAUUUCAUGAGCAAGGAUGAUAAGAACACCUUCGAUUUCGAUGAGUCCCUGCCUCCGCUUCCGCUGCCGGAGUUGCGAGAUACCUUGGAGCGGUACUACACCUGCAUCCAGCCCUUUGGCACCCCCGAGGAGUUGGCCCAGGCGAGGAAGUCCAUCGAUGAGUUUCGGGACGGAGUGGGGGCCGAGCUGCACGAAAAGCUCAAGCAGCGGGCAGCCACAAUGAAGAACUGGCUGGGCACCUGGUGGGAGGACUAUGGCUAUCACUUGCUGCGCCUGCCUCUGUUACCCUACCAGCUCAUGACGAUGGCCAGCCAGCUGGAGGUGGUGGGUGUCCCAGAGACACCGGAGUAUAUGCUGAAGAGCUUCUCACGGAUAAUAUUUCACACUCUGGAGUUUUGGGAUCUUACCCGCAAGUCGGCCAUUAAGCCGCUUUCCUCGAACGGAGGCAAGAUCAAGUACUCCUCCGCACUGUACAAACGCUUCUUUUCCACAUCUCGUAUUCCCGGCGUGGAGCAGGACCACAUCGAGAAGCACUUUCUCACUAAGGAUGAGGGAAACACGCCAACGCAUGUUUUGAUUGGCGCCAAGGGCCGUCAAUUUAUCAUCAAUUGCGUGCAUGACGAUGACACAAUUCUCACUGCACCCGAAAUUCUUGUAGCUCUGCAGCGUCUGCGCAGCAUCUUGGACUACGAACCAGAGGGUGCCGGUGUUCCGAUUCUCUCCCAUGACGACAGACCCAGCUGGGCCAACAACCGUGCUCGUCUGAUGGAGAUAUCCGAUGCCAACAAAGAAACCCUGAAACUGGUGGAGGGGGCUUCCAUGGGCAUCUGCUGGGAUGAGAACACCCCCCAGGACUACGAGGAGUGCUCCCAAUUGGGGUUAUAUGGAGACACCCAUAGCCGUUGGGCGGACCACGCCAGCAGCAUCAUCGCCUACAGGAAUGGACGUUACAACUGGACGGGGGAGCACAGUUGCUACGAUGGCACCGUGAGUGUCAGCUUUGCCACAUUCAUGCAGCUGAGCAUGCUUGAGGUGCCAGAGCCGGAUUGGGGCCUGGCCGAGAGCACGCAGGUAGUGGAGCUCCAGGAACUCAAGUUCGAGCUGGACGAUACGCUCAAGAGCGAGAUAACACGUCUGCGAAAGGAGAAAGACGAGAGGGGCAUAGAUAUCACAGCGACUUUUACGGUGUUUGAUGAGUACGGCAAGGACUUUAUGAAAUCCCAAAGAUUGCAUCCAGACUCCUUUAUUCAGGUGGUCAUGCAGUGGACCUUCCACCAGAUGCACGAAGAAAUUGCGCCCACCUACGAAACCGCUUUGAUGCGACAGUAUUACAAUGGACGAACGGAGACGCUACGCUCCUGCACUGGCGCCGUGGCCGAGUUCCUCAAGGCUUCCGCUGAUUCGCGCGUCAGCGAUCUCGCCCUGGCCAAGAGCUUUCGCACAGCCGUCGACGAUCACAAGCGGGCCAUGGACGAAGCGCGCAAGGGCAAUGGCAUCGACAGGCACUUGUUUGGCCUGUGGUGUGCCGCCUACGAAAACAAAUUGGACAUUCCCGCCUUCUACGACGAUCCGCUGUAUGCGAAGAGCGGCGGUGGUGGCAAUUUUGUGCUCUCCUCCAGCACCCUCGGCUUCACGGCCAACGUGGGCUUUGUGGCACCCAUGCUGAUCGAUGGCUAUGGCGUGUUCUAUUCAAUUACCUCUGGAGCUGUCUUCAUCAAUACCACUGCCUAUCGCGACAGCAUCAAGACGAGCGCACGAAAGUUUAAUGACACCUUCAAGGCCUCGUUCCGCAGGAUAAGUGUCCUGCUGGAGCAGCUGGCCAAGGAGUCCAAGCUGUAAACCACCGGCUUAAGGGCUUAGUUUUAAGUGGACAAAAGAGAGUACCAUACCUCUUGCAACAUUUUACAAUAGGUAGUCUUGACUAUACCACAUUUCCAUUAGCAGUACAUUCUUAUAUGCGGAUUAGUCGUUCGCUUAAGGGAAAUUUAUACAGCGAAUCAUGGAGAAAAUCAUUCCUUGAAUGCGUGCCCUCGCGAAACGCGUAUUAUUCUGUUUCAUCCGCGUGCCUAUUCCCCAAAUUGAUAGGACUCUUUUCGUGCUUCGUGUUAACGUUUAUUUCAAAUUCAAUGUUUGGAUUAGUUUACGCAAAUACAUUUUCGCAUGGUAAUUUUCA